AUGACACCAACCAAAAAACGCCUCGAAAAAGAAUACCAAAGCCUCCGCAAAACCCCCGCAGCCGGCUACCACGUCGAACUAAAACACGGCGACAUCUUCGAAUGGACAGGCACCCUGCACGGCCUCUCCGCCUCCCCCUACGAAGGCGGUACCUUUGCCUUCCACAUCCAAUUCACCGACGAAUACCCAGAGGCCCCACCCAAACUAAACUUCACGACUAAAAUCUACCAUCCCAACGUUGACGCCCGGACGGGCGUUGUGAGUUGGAAGAUGAUUGGGGAGGAGUGGCAUCAUAAUAAUACGAUGGAGAAGGUGUUGAUAGGCUUGAGGACGUUGUUGGAUCAUCCGGAGUUGGAGAGUGCGGUGGAGGUGGGGAUUGCGAAUGAGUUUGCGAAUGAGAGGGGGGUGUUUGAGAAGAGGGCGAGGGAGUGGACGGGGAGUUUGCUCAUCAUGGACCAAACCCGCGCAGAGACAAUCACCGAUUUCUUCCAAACCCUCAUGGACCUCAACGUCAAGAUCCCCAAACUAGCCCGGGGUAUGGAAGUAAAGCUACUAGCUGCAUGUAUGGAUGCGGGUGUGGCACCCUUUUGGGAUGACUUCACUGAGCUCUCUCUACCGCAACUCCUCACUCUGGCGAGGAAGAUGGAGCACGAAGCGGCGGAUAUGGUUAACGCUAGAAUGCAGGGCAAUAAUUGGGAUGAUGAGGAUAUGAGGGAGCAGAAAAUGGAGUACCUCAGGGCUGUAGCAAAGGUUGGGCCUAAUUGUACGCCGAAGGGGUUGGAGGAGUUUGCGGAGAGGGCGAGGGGGAUUGUGGAGAUGGAGAAGAUGGAGAGGGAUAUUGAGAAGGGUAUGGCGGGACUUAUGGUGUGA